CUGCCCUGCGCUGCUCUCAAUAAGCCACGGUGCCCUGCAGGACCUGCCUGUUUCUGUAAAGUAAACCACCACAGCUGGGAUUUGUCAAGAUGAAUCCCUCUGCUUUUCUGGCCCUUUUCAUAAAUGUGGAGGUGGAGUGGCCAUCAAAGGACGAGCUGCCAUGGCAACGGCUGAGUCACCACCGACCGCGUUCCGCCAAUCACUGACGAGCCUCCGCGGUGAGCUCCGCCCUCUGAGCCAGCGCGCGGCAGAGCCGCGACAGUCCGGAGCCGAAUAGGCGAGCAGAGCUCUCACACACACACACACACACACUGUUGCGUGAACCCCACACCCCCCGCUCACGCCACAGGGGACCUACGGGGGCUGGGGAACCGGACGCGGGGCCGCGGGGAUGGGUAACGUCCCUGCCGCAGUGAAGCACUGCCUGAGCUACGAGCAGCUGAUCCAGGACUACCCGUGGCUGUCUCACAAGCUGCAGGAGGCCCAGAGUGGAGCUGUGCACAAGUACCCAGAGUUUGUUAAAGUUGUUGAAGUUGGACCUAGAGAUGGGCUGCAAAAUGAAAAGGAGAUCGUUCCAACAGGAGUGAAAAUCCAGCUGAUAGACAUGCUAUCGGAGACGGGGCUCCCUGUGAUCGAGGUGACCAGCUUUGUGUCUUCAAAGUGGGUACCACAGAUGGCUGACUCUGAUGCAGUGCUUCGGGGGAUAACCAGGUCACCCCAGGUGAAAUACCCGGUCCUGACGCCAAAUGUUCGAGGCCUCGAGGCAGCUGUUGCGGCCGGCGCUACUGAAGUAGCGGUGUUUGCGUCAGCCUCCGAGACCUUCAGCCAAAAGAACAUCAAUUGCUCCAUUGCAGAGAGCAUGGAAAGGUUUGAGCAGGUCAUUGGGCUGGCGAGGGAGGCACACAUUAAUAUCCGAGGGUAUGUUUCCUGUGCUUUGGGCUGCCCAUAUGAGGGAAAUAUGGUGCCAGCUAAAGUGACAGAGGUGGUGAAGAAGCUGUAUGGCCUGGGCUGUUAUGAGGUCUCCCUGGGUGACACCAUUGGCGUGGGAACGCCGGGCUCCAUGGCAACGCUGCUGGAGAGCGUUCUUAAGGAGGUGCCCAGGCAGGCCCUGGGUGUCCACUGCCACGAUACCUACGGGCAGGCCCUCGCCAACAUACUCCUGGCACUGCAGAUGGGGAUUUCCGUGGUGGAUUCGUCAGUGGCAGGCCUGGGGGGUUGUCCGUAUGCCCGGGGGGCCACUGGCAAUGUGGCCACUGAGGACGUCCUUUACAUGCUCCACGGCCUGGGGAUCAAAACGGGAGUGGAUCUCUCCAAAGUGAUGGAUGCUGGGGACUUCAUCUGCAAGGCCUUAAACCGCAAAACCGGCUCCAAAGUCGCCCAGGCCUGCCACCGGCCAUAGCUCCUCUACCAGAGCCUAGAUGUAUUUACUGUAGGUCCUUCCUUAUAUACGAAGCUAGCAAGUACUCUUGGUAAUGUGUCCUUUUAUCUCUAUGCUGCGUAAUCUUUCCUCAGAGAUUUCAUACUUUAUUGUCAACUUAAAAUAAAGACACUGUGCACUUUA